AUGAACGAAGAUUACGGAUCAUUAUCAACUACAGGAAGUGGAUCUGCUUUGAAUGCCCUAAAUAGACUUGGAGAGCUGACUUAAAGCUCAGCAUUGGGAGCUGGUUAGGCUCUUGAUUAAUCUAAAAACGUUGUGCCUCUUGAAAUAGAGAAGCAUCUUGAACGAUCAACUCCUGAAGACGAAAGAGAGAGUUAAAUUAUCAUAGAUAUUUUGAGAGAUGACUAUAAUUAGUAUGAAAGCGAAGCAGAUAAGAGAAAAAGAGAAGCUAUUCUUGGUAAGCUUGAUGGCAUUAUCAAAGAAUGGGUCAAGUUUGCUGGUAGAAAAGAUGGAAAAGAUCAGGAGACAAUUGAUAACUCGGGUGGAAAGAUCUUUACUUUUGGAUCUUAUCGUCUUGGUGUACAUAGUCCUGAUACUGAUAUAGAUGCAUUGUGUGUUGCUCCCAGACACAUAGAAAGAACCAGACAUUUCUUUGGAGAGCUAUCUGAAAUACUUAAGAAUCAUCCUAGUGUAUCAAAGCUGACUGAAGUGAGAGAAGCUUUCGUGCCAGUAAUCAAGAUGAAAUUCGAAGAAGUUGAUAUUGAUUUAUUGUUUGCCAGAGUUGAGUACAAAGAAGUAGGUCAAGAUUUAGUAAACCUUCUAGAUGAUAAUAUCCUCAGAAAUUGCGAUAAAGAGAGCAUCAGAUCUCUAAACGGUUGCAGAGUCACAGAUAUCAUCUUGAAAUUAGUCCCGAAUAAAGAAAACUUCAGAACAACUCUGAGAGUAAUCAAACUAUGGGCCAAGAACAGAGGUAUAUACUCUAAUGUUAUGGGCUACUUGGGAGGAGUAGCCUGGGCUAUUCUUGUAGCUAAUAUUUGUAUUAUUUGCCCUUACUUGUCGCCAAAUAAACUUCUGAACUACUUCUUCAAAGCUUAUUCAGAGUGGGAGUGGAGUUCUGAGAAGCCUAUCCUUUUGACAGAAUUGUAAAAUGACAGAACCAAGGUAGAUUUUGCAGUUGAACAGGACUUAUUCUAUGAAAAAAGAUCAACUGAUCUUAUGCCAAUCAUUACCCCAGCCUUCCCUUCAAUGAAUGCUACUUACAACGUCUCUUAAUCAACAAAGAGAGUUAUGCUAAUUGAGUUCGAAAAGGGACUUAGAAUUACAAAUUGCCUGCUUAAGAGAGAUGAGAGAGGCAGUAAAUUUUAUCCUGAUCUCACUUGGAAGCGUCUCUUCAAAAAGGCUAAUUUCUUCAAGACUUUUGUACAUUUUAUUCAGAUUGAGAUCCUAUCAAAGACUGAUGAAUUCCACAAGAAAUGGACAGGUUUUAUAGAAUCAAAGAUCAGAAAAUUAUUGCAGUAGUUAGAGAAGCUCAACGAUAUUAAGGGCAAUUUUAUGGAAUUCAGACCAUGGCCAAGAUCAUACCACUUGACAAAUCCUACCUUUGAAUUCAAUGACACUUAUUUCUUUGGUAUAAGAAUUAAGAAAAAUGAUUCUGGUAUGUAAAUGAGAGUGGAUCUGACUGAGACUAUUAAGAUUUUCUACAAGAAAUUGAAGGAAUGGAUUAAACUUGAUGAAAAACUCAUGACUUUGAUUAUUAACAAGCAAGUAGAUAUUCAAGUCAACUAUAAGAGAAGAGAAUAGUUGCCAGAGGAAGUCAGACCAAAGGAUGCAGCUUUAUAUAAUCUAAAUGAUGUGAGUCUUGGCAAGAGACAGAACAGAUAAACAGCCGAAGAUGCAGAAAAUGAAAUGAGGGAUGAUUACCAAGAGGAAAUCGUUUGA